CGGCCCCGGGCGGGGAGCGGCACGGCCCGGCCAUGGCGGAGCCGCUGCGGCCCUUCCGCCUGCGCAGGUGCGGCAGCCCGCAGAAGUUCGGGGUGGCGGCCGGGAGCCUGCGCGGGUUGCUGAGGAAGGGCUGCCGGCUGCUGCAGGUGCGGGGCGGACCGGGACGGGACGAUACCAGGCUGGGAUGCCGCUUACAGAUGCUGGACGGGACCGCGAGUAGCGGGUGCCGCCGCUCCGGGCCAGGGCUAGAGCUGCCCGCCGAGACGCGUGCGGAGCUGCAGCCGCUGCGGUCGGGGCCGCCCGGAGCCGGGCUCUCACCUGGAGCAGGGUCUCACCCGCCCGUGGGGCAGCUUCCCUUGGCAGGCAGCCGCCUCUGCCUCUACGAGGACGGCACGGAGCUGACCGAGAGCUACUUCCGAGCGCUGCCGGCGCAGACGGAGCUGGUGCUGCUGGGCCCCGGGCAGAGCUGGCGGGGCUGUGCCAGCGACAUCGAGCGGCUCCUGGCCGCCUUCUGCAGCCACCAGGGCGCUGUGGUGGAGGCUGCGCGGAGGCUGCUGACGGACGAGCGGGCUCCCCACAGGCAGAAGCUGCUGGCGGAUCUCGUCCACAACCUGAGCGAAAACAUCCUGGCCGAGGACAAGGAAGAGGACGAGAAAUGGUUUGAAGGGCUGGAGUCUCGGUUCAAGAACAAAUCCAGCUACCUGCGGCAUAGCUGUGAGAGCAGAAUGCGGGGCUACAUGAGAGAGGUUACUGGUUUUAUUUCAAACGUUCAUCCUUCAGCACGAGAUGCCUACAGAGGGAUAAUCGACCUGAUGGCAGAAAAACUGAAAUCUGUGAAGUACAACGGGUGCUACUUUGACAGAAGGGAGAAGGAGGAGGCAGCACGCCUGUGCACUGCAGAGGGGUGGUUCUCCUGUCAGGGACCUUUUGACAGAGAUGACUGCCCAUGUAAGCAUUCCAUCAACCCCUACAGCAACAGGGAAAGCAGGAUCCUCUUCAGCACCUGGAAUCUUGACCACAUAAUUGAGAAGAAGCGUGCUGUUGUCCCAGAACUGGCAGAAGCUGUCAAAACACGAGACGGGAGAGAAGUGAACUGGGAAUACUUCUAUCAGCUGCUGUUUACCCUGGAUAAUUUAAAACUCGUACAUAUUGCUUGCCAUAAGAAAACCAAUCAUAACCUCAGCUGUGACAAAAGCAGAAUUUACAGAAAGAGGAAACAAACCCAGGAGAUUUCCUAGUGCUGUCUCUGGAAGGGACCUGCUGCUUUUUUCAAUCAUGUCAGUCUGUUGUUUUUAAAUAGCUCCAAUUUCUUAAAUAAGAACUAUUUGGUACAAGACUGGCUGGGUAACCCAACCAGAGCCUCACAAAGCACACUCCAAUAUCCCAUUUAAUUCUCUUCUCCUGCCCUCCCACUCCUUACAAGCCUCCCUCAAAUCAAGCUCAAAUCAAGUGUGAUAAAGGUAGAAAAUGAGCCAGAGGCUGACUCUGACUCUACCCUGUCAUCUCUGGCCAGCAUUGACCCAAAACUCACAGUACACAGAAAUGAAACUUGGACAAAACAUUUUUUACAAACUAACCUGCAGGGGCUCAUAGACUCAUAUUCCUCUGGAGAUGAGGCCAAACAAAGAAGGAUUUAGGACCAUGUUUUAUCUGUGCCUUUUGCAGAUAGCUUCAGAAAUUCCAAAGGUGGUUCAGCAGCAGAGCUGCCACCUCACCUGUGCCAAGCUCCUGCCCUCAUCCCCACCUGCCCCUUUGCCAUUGCUUCACAUGUGCAUCUCCUAGAAAGAAUAGCAAGCCCAUGAGAUUUUUUUUGCUUUUUCCACCUUUGUUUGCCAUCUUCCCUGCUGAUUUUCCUCUCCUUUCUAACACUUUCUGCCUCCAGCUUGAGUUUUACUUGAUGCACUGCCAGAAAGGGCAGCUACAAUGAUCAUGUUUACAGUAAUGUUUACCCACUGCCUUGGAGAAUUAUUGCUUUGGUAAAACAUUUCCUACCUCAGGCAACAAAUCAGGAAUAGUUCAAUUUUUUUACUUGAAAUUUUUUUUUUUAAUAGCAACUGAACUUUUGGGAUUGUCAAUGUAAAUCGUGUGAACAUUUUAAAUAAAAAAAUGCCCCCA